GGCUGGCCGAAGGCUAGUUCCAGGCCUUGGGAGCGGAGCGGCAGGGAGAGGUAAAGCGCGGAGCUGAUCGGGGGAGCAGCCGGGAUCAGAAGCGCUGCAGACCUGCGAAGGAUAAUUCUAUUACCUGAGUAAACAGAAAGUGCAAAGCAGACAACUUCCAAAGCUAUAGAAAUGACAGAAACAGCUGGCUGCCGGGACAAUCACCUAAGAUUCCUCUGCAAUGGCAGGCUACCGUGAAUCUUGGCUUCUCUGACUGUGGAUGUGAGCGUAUACGGGGCUCCUUGGGGUCCUCCUCCCCACCUCCCAAGGGCUGGAGUUAGAGAUUUCAGCUCGGUUACCUAUGGCUUCCCCUAAAAUUGCUUCCCUCUCUUGGGGACAAAUGAAAGUGCAAGGCUCUACCUUAACCUAUAAGGAUUGCAAAGUAUGGCCAGGAGGCAGUCGGGCUUGGGAUUGGAGAGAAACGGGAACUGAGCAUUCUCCUGGGGUGCAGCCUGCAGAUGUAAAGGAAGUCGCUGAGAAGGGAGUACAGACUCUUGUGAUAGGCAGAGGAAUGAGUGAGGCCUUGAAGGUGCCUCCAUCCACUGUGGAGUACCUCCAGAAACAAGGCAUUGAUGUGCGGGUCCUCCAGACAGAGCAGGCAGUGAAGGAGUAUAAUGCCUUGGUUGCCCAAGGGGUAAGAGUAGGAGGUGUCUUCCAUUCCACCUGCUGAUGGAGUCACAGAGAAUAAAGCACUAAGCAACAA